AAACGAGUGGCCCCCAGCUGGGUUGAGGAGGAGGGUGAGUGGAAGUAAAGGAGAGGAGUACGGGAAGGCAAAGGGCGGGUGUGGUAAAGGCAUGGAGAGUGAACGUGUGAGACUAAGGUGCAAUGGUAGGCUGGGAAAAACAUUAAACCACGACUGUAAAGGUGGAAGGAAUGCAGGUGUGAGUGUGUGUGUGUGUGUGUGUGUGUGUGUGUGUGUGUGGUGGGGGGAUACUGGAAGGAGGGAGAAUGCUCGUAUAAAGGUGAAAAUGGAGGGAGCAGCAAAUAGUUAAGGAUGGGGGUGAACGUGUGAGACUGUGGGCCCAUUCAUUAAACAUUCAUUAAACAUUAGGGUUACUGGCCCGCAAUCCGAAUCCCCAACGUCGGGCAUCCUACUACGAAACUGGCGCGCUGAUUUUUUAAACAGAAAACGGCAACCCGACGUUCGUACGAGGUUAUCGGAAGAGUUGGCAGCCUUUGCUCCCGAUAUUGGUAGACCUGAGCACAUAUAAACAAAUCCACGUGCUACCUUUACUUCGCCCACAGCUUCGCCGCUAUCAUGAGUGUGCCUGCCUCUUCUGUUCUCCUCCUCUCUCCACAGAAAAAGCUGUCGCACUCACAAAUGCUCAACGCCAGAGACUGUCUGAGGUGAUAACUUCAAAGAAAAUCCUGUUGGAUCAUUCUACAGACUUCAACGGGAUAAGAAAAAAACAGAAAGCUUGGGAGGAAGUAGCUGCUGAAUUCAACCUCAGCUACCCUGCUGAACGUCCCAGGACAGUAACCCAGCUCAAACGGGCUUGGGAGUACAUACGAGUGAAGAAGAAUCACAAGAAAUUUCUUCAUGAGUCCUUCAAGACUGGUGGAGGGCCAUCACCAAAACCAGUCACAGAUGACUUCUUGGCUGUUGCAACAGAUGCACUGGCUGUGGAGCUGCAAUUUGCAGACAACCAGCUAGAUGGUUUAGUACCCAUAGUCAUAAGAGAAGAGGAAGUGGGUCUGUAUUUUGGCUUUCUUUUCUGUUAGUCUUUAAUCAUAUACACAAUCUUACUUAUUGCCUUCAUUUUUCAUACUAUUUCUUUCCCCAUUUGUUAUUAUUAUUUUUUUUUUUGGACAGUAGGCUGCCCUGGGCAACUGUGAAAUUAUCAUGAAUACGUUGUUUUUUGGAUAUGUUCAUGCAUUGUCAUAUAAUUCUGUUUCAUUCAGUAAAUUUACAGUUACUAGAAAUUUAGGAAAUACACAACAUGUAGUGCGCAAUAGCGUUGAUAGUAAAAUUAACGUUAAUGGCCAUGGACAUCAAUGUUAAAAGGGGAGUUAAAGUUAGGUUAGGUUCAGCUAGGUUGGUAUAGGUUAGGUUAGGUUAGAUUAGCAUAUUUUCAUUUGUGUGCACUGGUAGUGAUUGAUGCAUCAUAAACAUCUUUGUAAAAAUUUUGUUUCCUGUUUUAACAUUAACUUCUCAUCUAGCAGAAAUAAUUGACGACGACAUGCUUCCUGCAUGUACAAUAGCAGCAGGACCAUCGACAACACCAGCAGCAGGACCAGCAACAGCACCAGCAGCAGGACCAGCAACAGCACCAGCAGCAGGACCAGUGACAGCACCACCACCAGGACCAGCAACAGCACCAGCAGCAGGACCAGCAACAGCACCACCACCAGGGACCAGCGACAGCACCACCACCAGGACCAGCUUCAGCACCACCAACAGUUACAGCAACAGCACCAGCAAUGGCACCAGCAACACCACCAGCAGGGCCAGCAACAGCACCAGGAGGAACAUCACAAACUGGACCCUCCACCCGUAGAGGCCGAAAGAGACCCCUACGCAGUGAGAGGGAGGAAUGUUUCCGCGCUAUUCGAGAAGGUGCAGAGACCUUCAAUGACGACUUGAAAGUGUCAUUGCAAAACUUCUCUGCUCUAUGUGAGAAGCUUGGCAAUCAAGCUGAAGUGGCAGCAAAUGCAUUUGCUCAGGCAAUGCAAACAUCAACAAAUGCAUUUGUUCAGACUAUGCAUAAUGUUGAUAGCACUAUGGAACAAGUACGCAAGUACUACAGCCCAGCUUCUGGGAGACCCAGCAGUCUGUAAGUAUCCUGUGUGUGUGUGUGUGUGUGUGUGUGUGUGUG